AUGAACAAGGACUUAAGUGCUGGAGCCCCGCUACAAGGAUCGUCAAAAAUGGCACAAGGUACGUCUAAUACGGAUUUAGCUGCUAUCGCUCUUCAAGCCCGAUUACCGGAUUUUUGGGCUGAAAUGCCACGUUUAUGGUUCGCGCAGAUUGAGAGUAUCCUUUUGCCUCAAAAGCAAAGUGAUGGAGCCAAUUUUGAUGUAGUGGUAGCAAAAUUGAAUCGAGAUGCAUUGCAACAAGUUAGUGAUAUUGUAUUGUCGCCACCUGAAGCUAAUAAAUUUAAGGCCAUUAAAGAACGUUUAUUACAAGUUUAUGAAGAAAGUGCGGAACGUCAGUUUCAAAAAUUAGUUGGCGAGAUGGAAUUGGGAAUGCAAAAACCUUCUCAAUUAUUGCGGCGUAUGCGUGAAUUAGGACAAAAAGCGCAAGUUUCCGACCAUACAUUGCAUAAUUUAUGGAUUGCUCGUCUGCCAUCAUCCGUGAGAGCUGUACUCACAGUAAGUCAGGAUCAAACAUUGGAUAAUUUAGCGAAGAUUGCUGACAAAAUAAUGGAAAGUGUACGCAGUUCUGAUAUCGCAGAAAUCAACAAUACAUCUUCAGGGAGUACCCAGUUUCCUGUUAAUGAUCUGUUGACUAAGAUGCAUAAAUUACACCUGGAAGUAGCAUCCUUGCGUGAAGAGGAAUAG